AUGCACAACGGCAUUGUCUUCUCAGAUCCUAGAUUUAUUAGUGCUCAUCUGAUACCAGAGAGUGACAAUCCAGAAGAUGACAAAAUCUAUUUCUUCUUCCGUGAAAAUGCAAUUGAUGGAGAGCACACUGGAAAAGCCACUCAUGCCAGAAUAGGGCAGAUCUGCAAGAAUGACUUUGGUGGACACAGGAGCCUUGUUAACAAAUGGACAACUUUCCUCAAAGCACGUCUGAUUUGUUCUGUGCCAGGACCCAAUGGCAUUGACACGCACUUUGAUGAACUACAGGAUGUGUUCCUAAUGAACUCAAAGGACCCUAAAAAUCCAAUAGUCUAUGGAGUGUUUACAACUUCCAGUAAUAUCUUCAAGGGGUCAGCAGUGUGUAUGUACAGCAUGACUGAUGUGAGGAGGGUAUUUCUUGGUCCCUAUGCCCACCGAGAUGGCCCAAACUACCAGUGGGUUCCCUACCAAGGGCGAGUGCCAUAUCCACGGCCAGGAACUUGUCCCAGUAAAACAUUUGGAGGCUUUGAUUCCACCAAGGACCUUCCUGAUGAAGUUAUAACAUUUGCAAGAAGUCAUCCAGCUAUGUACAACCCAGUAUUCCCCAUCAACAACCGUCCAAUCAUGAUCAAAACAGACGUGGAUUACCAAUUCACACAAAUAGUAGUAGAUCGAGUAGAUGCAGAAGAUGGCCAAUACGAUGUGAUGUUCAUUGGCACAGAUAUUGGAACAGUCCUUAAAGUGGUUUCAAUUCCUAAGGAGACUUGGCAUGAAUUAGAGGAAGUCUUGUUGGAAGAAAUGACAGUCUUUCGGGAACCCACUGUUAUUUCAGCAAUGAAGAUUUCCACAAAACAGCGUAAGCUCUACAUUGGCUCAGCCACUGGAGUUUCACAGCUUCCUUUACACCGCUGUGAUGUGUAUGGAAAAGCAUGUGCUGAGUGUUGCCUUGCAAGAGACCCUUACUGUGCCUGGGAUGGUUCAUCUUGCUCACGUUAUUUCCCCACUGCUAAGAGACGUACUAGAAGACAAGACAUCCGAAAUGGAGACCCACUAACCCACUGCUCAGACCUGCAGCAUCAUGAUAACCCAAGUGCUCAGACCCUGGAGGAAAAGAUUAUUUAUGGAGUAGAGAAUAGCAGCACUUUCCUUGAGUGCAGUCCAAAAUCUCAGCGUGCUGUAGUCUACUGGCAAUUCCAGAAGCAAAAUGAUGACCGCAAAGAAGAGAUAAAAGUGGAUGAACACAUGAUUCGGACAGAACAGGGCUUAUUGCUACGAAGUCUUCAACGGAGAGACUCUGGUAUCUAUCUUUGUCAUGCUGUGGAACAUGGCUUCAUGCAAACUUUGCUCAAAGUGACCCUGGAAGUAAUUGAUACUGAUCACCUGGAAGAGCUGCUCCAUAAAGAAGAAGAUGGUGAUGCCUCCAAGACCAAGGAUGCUACCAAUAGCAUGACCCCCAGUCAGAAGAUCUGGUAUAGAGACUUCAUGCAGUUAAUCAACCACCCCAAUCUCAACACAAUGGAUGAGUUCUGUGAGCAGGUUUGGAAAAGAGACCGCAAACAACGCCGGCAAAGGCCUGCCAAUGCGCAGGUGAAUACAAAUAAGUGGAAGCACCUACAGGAGAAUAAAAAAGGUAGGAACAGGAGGACCCAUGAAUUUGAGAGGGCACCACGGAGUGUCUGAGCUACAUUACCUCUCGGAACCUCAUCCAAGUAGAAACUUGUAUAGACAGAUAACUGGAAAAAAAUGCAAUAUUCAUGAACUUUUUCAUGGCAUUAUGUGGAUGUUUACAAGAGCGGAAAGUUCAAACAAUUUCCACCAGGUUUAAAUAAAAUCCAUUUAUAACUUUCCUAGUAAGUCCUUCCUCUCUGCUCUGAUUCUAAGACCAGAAAGACCAGAGUUUCAAGGAUGAUAACUCACCCGGACCUAGCUUACUGCUCAAAAAGUUCUGCAAGCAUUCAGCAGGCAAGUUUUGCUUUCUCUUUUUCCUGAGAUAUAAACAAAUUGCUGUAUUUCAUGCUGUCAUCUUAAAGAAAAGAAAAAUAAAACCCACCUUUCAUCAUCAGCACUACCAUUUCUAGACUUAUAUACAAAAUUGCAUGAACUCAUUAAGCUGAUGAACGUCUAAACACGUGAUUGGACACAAGGAUUUUGUUCUUGUUUUGUCUACCAGUUCUCCUGUUUAUAUGUACUAGAAGAGGAAAAACAACACUGAAUGAGAUUGUUUGUGGAAAUCUGAACAACAUAAGCCAUCCAUCAUCUGGAAGAACAAAUAAUGUGGAGUACACUGGCUUACUACUGAUGACUUCUUUCAGCUUUGAUCUAAAGAUGUAUUUUAUUAAAACUAUAAUUUAAAUGUACCAUGAAAAAUAUGCAGCAAACAUUAGCUCUUUUCUAAAAUAGAUUAGAUUUUUUGUCUUAGAAAUAUUGUGCUUUCUAAUUACUGGUUUAGAGG